AUGAGCGCUUCUUGGGAAGCCAUUGCGCUUCAUGUUCAAGGCGAACGCGCAAGAAAGAUACCCCCUGCUUGGCAACUACCCCCGCAACUACUAGACAGCAAGCAGCAGGACGUUUCAAAAAUUCCGGCAUCGUGUGGAAUUCUUUCCCGGGUAGAAAUAGAUAUUACAUCAAAUGAUGCAACUGCGAUUCUAGAGAAUAUUCAUUCUGGGAAAUGGACCGCGGAGCAAGUAUGCCUGGCGUUUUGCAAACGAGCAGCAAUUGCACAACAGCUGGUGAAUUGCCUCACGGAUAUUUGCUUUGAAGAGGCACUUGAAACGGCCCGGUCUCUAGAUAAGAAGUUUCGGUCAUCUGGCAAACCCGUCGGAACUCUACAUGGUUUACCUAUUAGCAUCAAGGACCAUGUUAAUGUCGCUGGAUUACGUUCCACCUUGGGCUACUGCGCAUGGGCAGACAAUAUUCCCACCGAAGAUGCCGUUUUAGUCGACGCCCUAAAACAGGCUGGUGCGAUAGUGUUUACGAAAACAACAAUGCCUGUCACCGGCAUGGCCAUCGAGACCGUGAGCAAGCUAUGGGGCAGAACGACAUGCGGAUUCAACCGCUCUUUGGUGUCAGGGGGAAGUUCUGGAGGUGAUGGUGCUCUUGUAGGAAUGUAUGGUGCACCUGUUGGAAUUGGUACCGAUAUUGCGGGCUCGAUUAGAGUUCCCUGUGCCUUCAAUGGACUCUACGGCAUUAGACCUUCCAUGAAGAGGUUAUCGUACCAAGGUCUCACGUCGAAUGUCCGUGGUGCAAGAGGAAUCACCGGUACCAUUGGACCAAUGUGCCACUCUGUCAGGGAUAUCGAACUAAUAUGCAAGGUUGUAACGGACGCAGAACCCUGGCAUGUAGAUGCCAAUGUGAUUCGAAAGGCAUGGAUUAGCAGGCCACUCGUGCCGUCCAGACUAACCAUUGGAGUUAUGAAAUUCGACGGCGUUGUCAUGCCACACCCUCCAAUUCUGCGAGGCUUGGAUGAGGCGGCCCGAAAGCUAAAAGAGGCUGGCCAUGAAGUCAUUGAGUUUGAACCACACGACCAUAUGAGAGCAUGGAACAUUGCUUAUCCAUUAUACUACGCUACGGGUUGUAACGAGAUGCAAGUGCUAUUAGACCGGACAGGAGAGCCUUGGCCACCGGCGGCUAAGAGACUGAGUGCUAAUCCGGCCCUACGGGAGUUAUCCGCAUCCGAGUUGUACAAGCUGCAUGCUGCACAAGACGACUACAAGGCAGAAUAUCUUCGACAUUGGAAUAAGACGGUGCAGAGCUCAAUCUCAGGCAGACCAAUCGAUGCUCUCCUUUGUCCGAUUAAUCCGUGUGCAAGUUACCCGCAUGACCACCUCACGUGGUGGGGAUAUGCUGCUCAAUGGAGUCUUCUUGACUACCCAGGCGUUGUGCUGCCCGUCGGCUUUGUGGACAAGACGAGAGAUGUUCGUGAUUCAGGGUAUCGUCCCAUCAGUGACUUGGACAGAGAGAAUUAUGAGCUAUAUGACCCUGAGCUAUGGCAUGGUGCUCCUAUCGGCUUGCAAUUGGUGGGUAGAAAUCUUGACGAGGAGCGUCUGCUCGCUGUGAGCGCUGUUGUAGAUGAUGUGGUGAACAGGGAUUCUGGUCAGCGGCAAACAAGGCCAAAUGGUAACCCGAAGUUAUGA